AUGUCUGACAACGUCCCAGCAUGGAAGAAGAUCGGGUUGAAGAUCAAGGAACCCAGUAAUGAGGAUAACCUUACCGUGACACAUUUGGAAAGUUCCACCAUCACUACGAAACAAGCCAAGAAGCUCAACAAACAAAAGAGAAAAGCUGAAGAAAGUGCUUCUAAUGAUGGUGAGAAGAAACCACCAAAGAGGGUCAAGCUUCCUAAAGGAUCUAGGGCACCACCUCCUGAAAAGGAUCAGUUGGCUUAUUUGAGACAAUAUCAUACUGAUAAAGAUAAUUGGAAAUUCAGUAAACAGAAACAAAAUUGGAUCUUGAAGAACAUACGAGGUAUUCCACAAGAUUAUGAAGUAGCCUUGAGUGCUUACUUGGAAGGAUUACAAGGGAACUCUCGUCAGCGUAUUGUUGAAGAAUUGCAGAAGGUGGUCAAGCAAUGGAACCAAUUGGCAGAUGAAGCCGAAGCCAAGGUUAUGGCCCAACUUGAAAAACGUACAAACACUGAAGCUAAGGAAUCCUCUAAGAAGGGAGAAGAUGAUGAAGAUGAUGAAGAAGUUGAUGAAGAAUCAAAGAAGAAAGCUGCCAAGGCAUUGGAAGAGGAUUCUAAGAAAAAGAAUGAAACUGAUGCUCCACCUGAUUAUGAUUAUGCUGUUAGAUGUAGAGUGUUGAUCAAGGCCUUAACCGAUGAAGAAGUUGAAUUAAAGGGUGUAGAAUCUAUGGAAGAAACUAAAUCAGAUGAUGAAGAAAGCUCUGAACCAGAAGAAGAACUGUCCACAGAACCAGUGCAAGAAGCUCAAGUAAAUGAAGAAAAGGUUGAAACUAGCUCAGAACCAUUGGAAGAUAACUUAAUUGUUGAUACUGUGGAAGUUUCUGGAUAUCCAGAAGAAGGCUUUCAACAAGGAGAACGUCAACCAAAGAAGUCAAAGAAGAAAUCAAAGAAGAGAAAGAAUGAGGAUGUUGAAGUAGAACAAGAAGAACAAGAAGAACAAAAGGAAUCACUUCCUGUGGAAGAGACUGAAAAGCCAAAAAAGUCUAAGAAGUCCAAAAAGUCCAAAAAUAGUAACUAA